ACACACGCACACACACGCACGGCUUUCUGACUAUACCGGAAAUGGAGUAUGUGAACCCUGAAGGACUUCGUUUAGAUGGACGGCGUCCCAUGGAGAUGAGACAGCUUCGAGCAGAAAUCGGUGCUGUUUCCGGAGCCGAUGGGUCGGCAAUGUUUGAGAUGGGUAACACCAAAGUCAUUGCUGCAGUUUAUGGUCCUCGAGAGGUCCAACAUAGGAGCCAGAUGGUUAAUGAUAAGGCACUGAUAAGGUGCGAGUACACAAUGGCUAAUUUCAGUACAGGAGACCGCACAAGAAAACCAAAGGGGGACAGGAGAUCCACAGAGAUUUCUUUGGUUAUUCGCCAAACAAUGGAAGCAUGCAUACUAACACACCUAAUGCCUCGUUCCCAGAUAGACAUUUUCGUCCAGGUUCUCCAAGCAGAUGGAGGAACAAGGUCUGCUUGCAUAAAUGCUGCUACAUUAGCCCUUGCAGAUGCUGGGAUUCCAAUGCGUGAUCUUGUUACUUCAUGUAGCUCUGGAUAUCUAAACAGCACUCCCCUGCUUGAUCUAAAUUACGUUGAAGAUAGUGCUGGCGGCCCUGAUGUUACUGUAGGAAUUCUACCCAAGUUAGACAAAGUGACUCUUCUUCAGAUGGAUGCCAAGUUGCCAAUGGAUAUCUUUGAAAAUGUCAUGCAGCUGGCAACGGAGGGCUGCAAAGCUGUGGCAAAUUACAUCCGAGAAGUGUUGAUACAAAACACAAAACAACUAGAACAUCGCCGUGGUGUAUAGCUUGAAUGUAGAUGCAGUUCCAAAUUUUGUGAGCUGAUCAAUUAUCCAUUAUCUUUCUCUUUUCGGGAUUUGAGAAAGUUGCUAUUGUAUGGUUCUUGCUAAUGGAGAAUCAAGUUUGUGGAGAAAGAUGUAGAAGAAGAGACGUGAUCAAUCAUCUGCCGAGCUACUUGUUGUUUGGUUUAAACUUUAGGCGCUUUCGGGCAGUGACAGUGGGUGUAUAAGAUGCCUGAUUAUUGGGUAGGUUUAGUUUGGUUAACCUAAAUGACAUUGUAUUUCUUGCAACUUACAUUUGAACUUCAUAUAUAUCUUAAUAGCAGCAAGGUUUCUGAGUCA